UCGCUACAAGGAUAUGCUGGCUGAUCCUCGCGUCGACGAUGGAUCCCUGCAGGUUCCUGUUGACACCGCCUUGCAAGACUGUCGCGACGGGCAACAAAGACCUUGCAAUAUUCACGACAUCAAGCUUGCUAGGCAGCAAACGAGCGGAUUGCUGAUUUGUUGCAGAAUAACGCCAGCCGUGAGGCUGUCUGGGGCAAUGUCUGACCCUCGAUGUGUACAAGCAUCAUUUUAGACGACGCGCUUCUUGUGUUUGCGACGUCUGAAUGACCAACAAACAACACACUCACCACACUUACAGAUCGCAGAAUCUUUUAGCAGAGCAAUGGUGAACACGGAUGACCUGAUUCGCGGCUUUGGAAGCCUUGGACUCUCAGCACAGCAGUCCUUCAAUGGCGCUGCAACAGACGGCGACCAUACACAGCCAUUCGCAACAUAUCCGAGACGACAUCCGCAUCACGAAAUAACAUAUGACUUUCCAGCUCUCGACCUCCUCCAAGAUGCCGCCAGCCAAGCCCUUCUCCCAGAGCCUGCAAAUAUCGACUUCCGAACCCAACCAGAUACGUCGAAGCACCACCUGAACCAAUUCCCUUCACAGUAUUGCCUUGCGAUGGAUCCAAAUGCAGUACAAGAUGAUCUCUCGGCUGCGGGAACCAGCGACCGUGCUGCCGCAUUCCUCGCGGUAUUAGACGCUUUAACAGCAUACGAAGGCCACUCGACUCUUUCCAUUGCGACGUACUCACAAAACGGGAAACUGCAAUAUGUGGUGCGCCUGCAAUGCAAUCUUAAUGGCAAACAAAACUGUUACGACGAGGGAUUCGACGAAGAAGAAUUCGCAGUUCUGCUAUCUGCUCGGCGACCUUGGAUUGAGCUUCUUGGAGACAUCAUUUAUCGAGCUAGCGCACAAUCAUAUAUUGCAGCGGAGAUCAGUAUGCUGGCUCAAGAUGUUCGGUUGUACACACACGAUGCGAAUCGAUGGCGACAUCGAUGGGGCUCUGGGAGGAAAGACACUGCCAGUAUUCGAUUGAUGAUGAGAGACCGUGAGAUCCACGUGCAUCAGGACGAUGAAAGUGGAUAUGUGCUCAAUCUGGCAUGUGGUCAUUCUGUUCGUACCACUGCGGACGAAUUACAGACUCUGCAGGAUGACUGUCGAACACGCUUGCGGUGUGCAGAUUGUGACGACCAGGCUGCUUGGGAGAGCCUCGACGGAGAAGUCGAGCAGUUCGAGGCCGCAACUGUGAGCACACGAGCGCUACUCGGGAUCCUGAUUGCCACAUCUCGAAGCUUUGAACUUUCAGAGGUUAUUGUUCCGACCAUCAUGCAGCAUGCUCAUUGCGAAGAGACUUUCACAGCUCUGGAGAUCAUUUGCGCUUGGCUGGCGAAGCAGGAGGACAUGAUUGCGAUUGUGCCUGGAACGCUAAAAGCGGGCUUGGAAAAGGUGUGUCUGGAUGGACUGAGGAAGGACUGCAAUCUGCCACAGGCGGCGACAGUGCCAACACCACCGGGCUGGACAGAGUUCCUGCAUUUAUGGCUCAGUCGUGCUAUCAACUUCUUGAUAUACAGGCGUUGCUCUUGCGGUGACACCGAGCGACACUCCGGCGUGCAUUGGCACCAUGACGACAAUUUGAUAUGGUGGAACGACCCGAGACAAACCCACGCCGUCGACUCGUACGAUUCCGGACAGGAAGAAGGUGUCUCAGAUAUGAUCAUGAGCUAG